AUGGACACAACCUGGUCCAACGUUCAGCAACCUCUAGCUCCUCAAAGAGAUUUAUUGAAUGGUGAUGAUACUGUCAUUCUGGGUGCAGGCGUCAUCGGCCUUGCGACAGCCUAUCAGCUCGCACUCGCUCACCGAGAGACUGCUAAUGCGACGACCAGGUUACACGGCAGAAUCAUCGUCGUCGAACGAGCUGCGCAUAUCAGUCCUGCUGCCUCUGGUCAAGCGACAGGUGGACUUGGAGAUUUCGGCUUCGCGAGCGGUGUCGCUGAUUUGGGCGCGCUUUCCUACAGGCUGUUCCAGGAACUUGCUCUCGCGAAUGGAGUGAAGGAGUUUGGCUUUAGCGAGUCUACAAUCUAUCGCAUCAUCCCCGAGGACUUCACGGGUACGCCUAAGCCACCUGAUACUUGGGGUCCAAGUCCUCCCAGUGAACGGCCUGUGUCUGCGCUCCCUGACUGGAUCAAACCCAGGAGCAACUGGUCAGUGCAGCGCAUCGCUGGCCCCUCUCAUGCAUCGCAUCUUGACCCCGGCCAGUUCUGCCAGUUUCUCUACGAAGAGUGCAAGAAGCUGGGCGUUGAGUUCGUGUUCAACGCGAAUGCAACAUCAAUUCAGGCAGCACCAGGAGCGAGACAUUUCACAAGCAUCCAGAUCGAGCAACAAGAUGGUGACUCACUCAACAUCCCCUGCAGAAGCCUAGUCAUAGCAGCAGGCCCUUGGUCCCCACACGUCUUCUCAACACUCUUCCCUCACGCCUCUUCCCAACUACCAAUGAACUCCACAGCGUCAGCCGGAAACCACUUCCGCAUCCGCACACCUGACUGGAAGCCUGAGGACGACGAGAAGGGAAGUCAACAAGUCUUCUUCCAAAGUGAGGUUCCAGGCAGACAGGGUCUCGACAUCACUAGUUUCCCGGGAGGUGAGUUGUACGUGGGUGGAUGGGGAGCGGCACCGGAAGAACUUCCAGAGCUUGCGGAGGAUGUGCGCGCACAGUCGGGUGAGAUUGAGAGUAUGAAGAAGAUUGUGAAGGGGUAUCUGAGGGUGCCGGAGGAUGAAGACUUGAAGAUCUUUGCGGAAGGAAGGUGCUACAGGCCGCUUGCGAUGUUCAGACAUCCAAUUGUCACGAAGGUGGACUUGGAGUUGCUGGGUAUGGAUGAUAGCUCCCAGGAUAUGCCGCGUCUUUCGACGCAAGAGGAUGGUGUUCAGGAUGAUCGGUAUAGCCCUGGUGGCUUGUUCCUGAACACCGCUCAUUUCGAUGAUGGUGUGACAUUGUCGCUUGGAAGUGGGAAGAUUAUGAGCGAGCUACUGAUGGGUCUACCACCUUCGGUUGAUGUGUCGGGACUUGGACUGAGCUGA